AUGGAUAUACCCGCGUCUACUCGAACUCCCAAAAACCAUGUUUGGAUCAUGAGCUGCUUCGGCAAACAUUCAGCCUCGACCAAGUCUUAUCUUCGGGUUCGGACAUGGAUCAGGGACAGGUUGUCCGUCCGCAACAAUAUCACCUUCAAAAUGGCCUACUCGUUUGCGAUCUUCGAACCGACGCUUGGAGCCGGUACGACAUAUCAUGAGCGAAUGAUCUCGACAGAGAGGGAAGCCCGUCUAUUUAUGCCUGGUGAGGGGGAGGGACCAAUACAGUAUUCCCUGGUAGACAGAGUGUCCGAUCCAUUGGACCCCAUGCUAUUCCAUUCAUUUUAG